AUCAUACGAGAAAUGAAGAGAUGCUGUCCCCCGCCGUCGGUAACUACCGCCACCCUAGAACCCAUCCGCUCAAAAACCACCUUAACCAAUUCCAUAUCCUCAUACUACUCUUCCAAGAAACCUAGAAAACACCUCAAAAAAUCCCCUCAAAACCCCAAAUGGGUACCCCUCAAUUUGAACAAAUCAGAGCUCUUUUUGCCCCUUACAUUCCCCACCGGCCAAACAUUCAGGUGGAAACAAACAGCCCCUUUUCAAUUCACAGGUGUUGUAGGCUCCCAUCUUGUCUCCCUCAUACAACUUCAGGAUGCAAAUAGUUCUGACGUAGCUUAUUGUUUUCACAACACCCGCACCUCCGAUCAAGCUGCUGCUAAAUCAGCUCUGUUGGAUUUCCUCAAUAUGGGUGUUUGCUUGAGUGACUUGUGGAGUGAUUUUUCUGCCAUUGAUCCACGGUUUGCUGAAUUGGCAGAGCAUUUAAGUGGUGCCAGAGUUCUCAGGCAAGACCCACUUGAGUGCCUUAUUCAGUUUAUUUGUUCGUCUAAUAACAAUAUUAAGAGGAUCACCCAAAUGGUUGAUUUCAUAUCAUCACUUGGUAAUUAUCUGGGUGUGGUUGAAGGGAUUGAUUUCUAUGAGUUCCCGUCUUUGGAUCAGUUGUCAAAAGUUUCUGAGGAAGAGCUUCGAAAGGCUGGUUUUGGCUACAGGGCCAAGUACAUAAUUGGCACCAUAGAAGUACUGCAAUCAAAACCUGGUGGAGGUGUAGAGUGGCUCGCAUCUCUUCGGAAGUUAGAUCUUCAAAAGGCAAUCGAGGCUCUCAUUACUCUACCUGGGGUGGGGCCCAAAGUCGCAGCAUGCAUAGCUUUGUUCUCUCUAGAUCAACAUCAUGCCGUUCCUGUUGAUACGCAUGUCUGGAAGAUUGCAACCAGAUACCUAAUCCCCGAGCUGGCUGGCACACGUUUGACACCCAAGCUUUGUAGCCGAGUAGCAGAUGCAUUUGUGGAAAAAUACGGUAGAUAUGCUGGUUGGGCCCAGACUCUUCUUUUCAUCGCAGAAUUACCUUUACAAAAGGCACUUUUACAGUCUGUAACGAAUGAGAGGAAGGAGGCAUCCAAAGACAAAGCACAAAGAGUUGAAGAGGAAGGCCCCUAGAUGGAUGUACGCCUUCAGCCGGUGUUGGAUCUUUUUUAAUUCCUUGGAUACAAAUCUGGAGCAAUUUUUGGAUACGUGAUCGAAGGUACUGUACUGUCUUUGUUCAGUCUUCAUUCUUCGUGAUGAGAAGUUUAUCUUGAUUAUCCAUUUCGAUGAACCGUGAAGGACAAUGAUAAUCUUUUCGCUCUAUAAGUUGCAUGCAAUUCGUCAACUAUUUUAUGGGUAUUUGAUAAAAACAGGAUUAGUUCCCGAACCCCAUCAAUGUAUAUGUUAAGAUUAUCAGUAACAUGUUUUAAGGGUAUUUGUUAGAUCAGGAAAAUUCUUCACUAAACAACUACCCCUGUUCGGUCUCCUUUGACUUUCCAGGUCAAAGUGUUGAUCUUUUAACUUUAAACUUGAUUGCCAUCUGUUUGAAUUCUGUAGAAAAUUUCAUGAACAAUUAAGAAUUCUAAUGUUAAUGCUUUGACAAAGUUAC